AGCUGCGCAAAAACUUCCGGUUCCGUCGUUGGCUAUUCCGUAAACUUUGACAAGCAGAAAGUUGUAUUUAUAUGAUAGGCUACAACAGUCGCAAUAGCUUGAAUACCCAGUAAUAAACGGGAAAUGGCUUCUUCGCCACAGAAAUCACCUUCUUCUCCCAAAUCCCCGACUCCAAAAUCACCACCUUCAAGAAAAAAAGAUGACUCUUUCCUCGGAAAACUUGGGGGAACUUUGGCCAGAAGAAAAAAGGCAAAAGAAGUGUCUGAGCUCCAGGAGGAGGGGAUGAAUGCCAUCAACCUGCCACUCAGCCCCAUCCCCUUUGAGCUGGACCCAGAGGACACCAUGCUGGAGGAGAAUGAGGUCCGCACCAUGGUUGACCCUAACUCCAGAAAUGACCCCAAACUGCAAGAACUGAUGAAGGUACUCAUAGACUGGAUCAAUGAUGUGCUGGUGGGGGAGAGAAUCAUUGUCAAAGACCUGGCUGAAGACCUCUACGAUGGGCAGGUUCUGCAGAAACUAUUUGAGAAGCUGGAGGGUGAGCGGCUGAAUGUGGCUGAGGUGACCCAGUCUGAGAUAGCCCAGAAGCAGAAGCUGCAGACAGUUCUGGAGAAGAUCAACGACACUCUGAAGGUCUCAAUCAGAAACAUCAAAUGGACCAUUGACUCUGUCCAUGCAAAAAGCAUCGUGGCCAUUCUCCAUUUAUUGGUGGCGCUGUCUCAGCACUGCCGCGCCCCCAUCCGCCUACCUGAUCAUGUGUCCAUUCAAGUUGUGGUUGUACAGAAACGGGAGGGGAUCCUGCAGUCUCGCCAGGUUCAGGAAGAGAUCACAGGGAACACGGAGGCUCUAUCAGGAAGACAUGAACGAGAUGCGUUUGACACCUUGUUUGACCAUGCACCAGACAAGCUGAAUGUGGUGAAAAAGACUCUGAUCACCUUUGUGAACAAGCACUUGAACAAGUUGAACCUGGAGGUGUCUGAAUUGGACACACAGUUUGCUGAUGGUGUGUACCUGGUGUUGCUGAUGGGACUGCUUGAGGGCUACUUUGUUCCUCUCUUCAACUUCUUCCUAACGCCAGAGCAUUUUGACCAAAAGGUGCACAAUGUGGCUUUCUCCUUUGAGCUGAUGCAAGAUGGGGGCCUGGAGAAACCCAAGCCACGGGCAGAGGAUAUUGUGAACUGUGACCUGAAGUCUACUCUGAGGGUACUCUACAACCUCUUCACCAAAUACAGAAAUGUGGAAUAACGACGGGAGCUUCACCGUUCAUUCAGUUAUAUCGACGUAUCAAUCAAGCAAAUGCCCUGUUUAGAUUACAUUUACAUUUAAGUCAUUUAGCAGACGCUCUUAUCCAGAGCGACUUACAAAUUUGUAUAUUUCAGGGCAAACACGAUGCAUCUAAUAGGGAGAGCACACCUGUGUUAGCUUUGUCCUGCUGAAGGCUCACUAAAACACAAGUACAGCACAGUAUGUUGUAAAGUACUUGGAUAUGAAAAGACAGAUACAUUUCAGUAUUAUUGAAGGUUAUCUUAAUGAGUUAUUGAUUAUGCUGUCCUUUGUUGAGUCAUUGCCAUGUUGAAUUGUUCUUGCCCAUGUCAUUCCGGGCCGAAACCGUUUGAAGUCUACUUGGAUUCACUUCCGACUACAUGAAGGAUCAGAAUAUUGAAUGUAUGACAGCUGGGUUUGUGCUUAUCAAAGUAUGGACUUCCAUCUUUUGAAAGAAAUCAGAAGUUUUGUAUUGACUCAGAAGGUUUUUGGUUGUUGUGCUUAAAGCAGUGGGACCACAUACAGUGCACACUAUUCAUUUAUAUACUGCCACGCUGCAUAUGUUUACCUUUGUUUGCUUUGUCUAAUUGUAUAUAUUUCAAUACUGGUCAUUGUACUUUAAAUAUAGUCUACCUGUAGUGGCAUUUUGGCUCAUCAGUUACCAAAGAUAGUAUUUUAGAUACAUUAUUUGAAGCUGUUAGAUUCUUUAAAAUAUUUUCUACUUAUGCAAAGCAUGAUGUAUGGCUAAUUUUGACUAUUUGUUUAUAAUUUAUUCAUAAAAAAAAUGUUUGCAAAGUAAUAUUCCAGUGCAGUGUUUACUAUAAAUACAGAACAGCAAGACCCCAGUACAGUUUCUUUUUUUAAUGUCAAGAGCGGAGUAUGAAUUCAAACGAUAAAACACUAUAUUCAACAGAACUAGCCAGUAGUGCUGAGAAUGUAGUGUGGGAGUUUGACCAAAAUUGAUUCCGUUGUGUACUUUAAUUUGAAGGUCGUAAUCAUUUCUUUCUAUGUUGUGGUCUGAGUGCGGGUUUGAUUAUGGGCCUUGUGCUGUAGCAAACGUGUGGCAUUCCUUCCCAUGGAAACCUGUAUUAUUAACGUGAAGAGCACAGUAAAAUGCUGACUGCUGAAUGGCACAGCGGUCUAAGGCACUGCAUCUCAGGGCUAGAGGCGUCACUACAGACACCCUGGUUUGAAUCCAGGCUGUAUCACAACCAGCCGUGAUUGGGAGUCCCGUAGGGCGGCACACAAUUGACCCAGCGGCGUCCAGGUUUGGCCAGUGUUAAUAAGAAUUUGUUCUUAACUGACUUGCCUAGUUAAAUAAAGGUUCAAUAAAACAUGUUUACAUUAAAA